UCUCGAAUUCAUUUCAUUCCCGCAUUCGACGCGGUCGCGAAUAGUUUGGAUUUGGCUUUUGGAUAUAGUUUUGUUGUGACGCCGCGGUAUGCGCUGAAAUUGAGUAAAGUGAAGAGACUGCGACUGCGACUGCUACUGUGAUUGUGAUUGUGAUUGUGAUUCGCGACUGUGACAGUGAGAUGAAGCCGUAGAUGAAGCCAACGGCAAUUGAAGAGAAACAAAAAGCGCAACAACUAAAUACCAAAAGACGUGAGCUUUCAGCGUCACAUAAGUGCAGAUGUGAACGCCAUUUGAGAUGACUGCCAAAGAUACGGGCCAUGUGAACAGCGCCUUUAACGGCGCUGAUGUGUCGGUGGACAUACCCACGAAUACGCUGUACCACACAUCGCGCGACUGCAUCGUCCAGCAGGAGGAGGAGCCGGCGAUGUCCGGCUGGAAGGACUGCUGCCGCAGCACCUGGGCGAACAUCUUCCGCCGCAAGACGCUGGAGAAACGCUUCCCCAUACUCGUCUGGCUGCCGCAGUACAAAAAGGACUACAUCUUCGGCGACAUUGUGGCCGGCAUCUCGGUGGCCCUGACUGUGAUACCGCAGGCUCUGGCCUACGCCGGCAUAGCCGGGCUCGAUCUGCAGUAUGGACUGUACGCGUGCUUUCUGGGCUGCUUCAUUUACAUCUUCAUCGGCUCCAGCAAGGAUGUGCCCAUCGGGCCGACGGCCAUUUCGGCGCUGCUCUCGUUCCAAAUAGCCGGCGGCAGCUGGCAGAUGGCCACGCUGCUGACCUUCCUCACCGGCCUCAUCGAGAUACUGAUGGGCAUCUUCCGGCUGGGCUUCCUCAUUGACUUUGUGUCGGGGCCGGUGGGCGCGGGAUUCACCAGCGCCGUCUCGCUGAUCAUCUUCAGCUCGCAGAUGAAGGACCUGCUGGGCAUACGCACCAGCGGCAACACCUUCCUCCAGGUGUGGAUCAGCAUCAUCAACGACAUACAGAACAUCAGCUGGCCGGACUUCGGACUGGGCAUCACCUGCAUCGUUGUCCUGCUCAGCCUGCGCGCCCUGGCCAGCUGCAGCGUGGGACCCAAGCAGGGCAAGUCCACCUGCCAGCAGCUGCUCACGGGCAUCUUCUGGACGGUGGGCACGGCGCGCAACGCGCUGCUGGUCUGUGCCACCGCCGCGCUGGGCUACUGGCUGUCCAUCAGCGGCAACGAGCAGCUGGUGCGCACCGUUGGCUUUGUGCCCAAGGGAUUGCCCCACUUCCAGUCGCCGCCCUUCCACAUGGACGCGGUGGUCAACGAGACGACGGGUGAGGUGCUGCAGGAGGCGCAAACCUUCUGGGAUAUGGUCGGCAUACUGGGCUCCGGCCUCAUCGUGGUGCCCAUGAUUGCCCUGCUGGAAACAAUGGCCGUGGUGCAGGCCUUUGCCGAUGGCAAGCCAACGGAUGCUACCCAAGAGCUGAUUGCCUCCGGCAUUUGCAACGUGGCCAACUCCUUCGUGCAGGGCCUGCGCAGCAAUGGAGGCGUGGCACGCGGCGCCAUCCUGAAUGCGAGUGGAGUGCGCACCCAGCUAUCCAAUCUGUAUACGAGUGUCAUCGUCAUCAUUGCGCUGCUCUACCUCACGCCCUGCUUCUACUAUAUACCCAAGGCGGCCCUCGCGGCCAUCAUCAUUGCCGCGGUGCUCUUCAUGGUCCAGUAUCGCGUCAUCAAGCCCAUGUGGCACAGCAAGAAGACGGAUUUGAUACCCGGCCUGGGCGCAUUCUUUGCCUGCCUGGUCAUGCCGCUGCAGCUGGGCAUUCUGGUGGGCAUUGGCAUCAAUGUGAUCUUCAUUCUAUACCAGGCGGCACGACCGAAGCUGCGCAUCGAAACACUCAGCUCGCCGAAUGGUCAGCGUUAUUUGAUGCUGACGCCGGAUCGCUGCCUCAUCUUCCCCUCGAUGGAGUUUGUGCGCAAGGUGAUCAAUAAGCAGGGCGUCAAGUCGACGCUGCCGGUCGUCAUCGACUGCACGCACAUUUAUGGAGCGGACUUCACGGCUGCGAAGGUGAUAUCGACGAUGGUCAUGGAUUUCGCACAGCGACAGCAGCCGCUGUUCUUUUACAAUCUGCAGCCGCGUGUGGCCCAGGUAUUCGAGGGCCUCAACAAAGAUCUGGUGGCUAUAUACGACAUUAGCCAGCUGCAUGCUAAGCUGGGUGACAAGACGACCUAACCUCGUUUAAUGAUAGAUUAAUUUAAGUCUCUUUUAUUUAUUUCAACACACACACACACGCACACACAUGCAUACACACUUGCUCAAAACUCAGCUAGAUCAAUUUGAAUGCUUUGGCGAGGCCAGCGACUAGUUUCAUUCAAAAAAAACAACAAGUCAAGCAUUCAAACUAAAAUGAAAAGAUCGAAAGAAACCCACGCAACGUUACCAACGAUCAUUACCACCAACAACAACAACAACGACAACAACAAC